GUUUUUCUGUAAAUUGUAGAAAAUAGACAUCCUGAAUAGACAUCAUUACAAUUUAGUUACCUCCCUUUGUGAAAAGGAAGUUUAACAGAUAAAAAAUUGAGAUGGAUGGAGAAUUUUACAAGUUAUUCCCAUAUAAAGUGCCUGUGUGGGCCGAUCACCUACAAAGUAUACCGUCACAUUUUGUUAAACUUUCAAAUUUGAACACCCCCUUGCAUAGAUGGAAUUUUGCUGGUUUACCGGAAGGUGUUGAGAUAUUUAUAAAGAGGGAUGAUCUCACUGGUACAGAACUCUCAGGAAAUAAGGUUCGAUCACUACAGAUAUUGUUUGGUGAGGCCUUGGUCGAAGGAGCAACCCAUGUUGUCACAGGGGGCGGACCUCAGUCCGGACAUUGUCGAGCAGUUUCCCUUAUUUGUAGGUCACUGGGUUUAAAACCACACAUUGUGAUUGAAGGCGUUGAGAAAAAAGCAGAUCUGGGGUCUAUGGGUAACACGUUGUUGUACAGGAUGGCUGGGAGUAAACUUUAUCUGGCACCUCAAGAAAACUAUGAGUGUUUCAAAAGAAGAGUCAGUAAAAUGGAGCAAUUUAUUAGUGACACAUACAAAGAGAAGUGCUACUGUAUUCCGGUAGGCGGGGCAACCGUUAAAGCAGUUUUUGCAUUUAUAUCAUUAUUUGAAGAACUUCUACAGCAGGGAUUGCACGACCGCUUCGACGAUAUUGUAGUAACAGUAGCGACUGGAGGAACUUCCCUAGGAUUAGCUGUAGCCAACUUUAUAACGGGAUCAAAACUAGGAGUCCAUGCCGUGACGAUUGGGCUUCGAAAAGAAGAGUUGUAUGAAAAUAUGAAUGGUUUACUACAUAAGCUAGGUUUAGACUCUGUAAAAUCUGAAGACAUUCUUGAUAUUAUAGAGGGUUAUAUUGGAGAAAGAUACGGUACCGCGACAGAUGAAGUUCUGAAUUUCAUUACAAGAGUCAGCUCAACUACAGGGAUUUUACUUGACCCAUACUACACUGGAAAAGGGGCACUGGGAAUGAUUGGAGAGCUGGAAAACAAUCCAUCAAGAUUUAAAGGAAAAAGAAUACUUUUUAUACAUACAGGUGGAAUAUUUGGUUUGUUCAAUGGCGAAAUGGACAGAAUCAUAGACAAGGAGGAGGCAGUUACAAAUGAUAUAACAUCUUGGCCGGAUGAAAGUGUAUCUCCAGUUAAAAAAGGAAAUUAAAAUGUGUUUAUAUAUCACAAGUCAAUUUUACAGUGAAUUCUUAUUGCAACAUAAUUUGGUCACGCAAUCUGUAGAAUGUAUUAAAUUGUAUUAAAACAGUUGAAU